CAAAACAACGCAAACAGUCCGAGAGCCCGGUCCAGACCAAGCGCGCAUUUACUGGAAAGGAGCUUCAAACUGGUGUGGCUGCAAUAAUUUCCAUAGUUUUUCGUAAAAUAUCUUCAAAUAAAGCGUAAAACAGCUCAAAUUGUGCAUAUUUCGGUUCCCGUUGUGUGAAACUAUCGUCGAAACGCAGAAAACAUGGACGGAUUCGACGAUGUCGGAAUAUUCUUCUCGGACAACUUUGGCGACGAUGGGCAGCAGCAGAACUCGAACCAGAUCAACCUUCAGCAGCUGAAGAAGAAGUACCGGGAAUUCAUCCGGACGUUCUGUGAAGCGAACUUCAGCUAUAAAUAUCGUGAUAACCUGAAGCGGAACUACCUGUUGGGUCGCUACUAUCUGGAGGUGGAGAUCGAGGACUUGGCCGGUUUCGACGAGACUCUGGCCGAUAAGCUGUACAAGCAACCGACGGAGCAUUUGCAGAUUUUCGAGGAAGCCGCCCGGGAAGUGGCCGAUGAGAUCACUUCCCCCAGGCCGGAAGAUGAGGAGCAGGUUCAUGACAUUCAGAUUCUGCUCACUUCGGGGGCCAAUCCGACCAACAUUCGGGAUCUGAAGUCGGAAUGUGUUUCGCGGUUGGUCAAGGUGGCCGGCAUUAUUAUUGCCGCGUCCGGGAUAAAGGCCAAGGCGACUAAGAUUUCGAUUCAGUGCCGGUCGUGCAGCAACGUGAUUCCCAAUCUGCCGGUCAAUCCGGGACUGGAGGGGUAUCAGCUGCCGAGGAAGUGCACGACGGAGCAGACCGGUCGCCCGAAAUGUCCAAUGGAUCCGUACUUUAUCAUGCCGGACAAGUGUAAGUGCGUGGACUUCCAGGUGCUGAAGUUACAGGAGCUUCCGGACUUCAUCCCUCAGGGAGAGAUCCCUCGGCACAUGCAACUGUUCUGCGAUCGAACUUUGUGCGAGCGGGUCGUGCCCGGAAAUCGGGUCCUGAUCCAUGGAAUCUUCUCGAUUCGGAAGAUUGGCAAACCGAGCAAACAGGAUGGCCGUGAGAAGGCUAUUAUAGGAGUCAGGGCCCCUUACAUGAGGGUGGUCGGGAUUACGGUUGAUACCGAAGGCAUGGGUUCCAUUUCUCGGUUCAGCAACAUCACGACCGAGGAGGAAUCGACGUUCCGCAAGCUGGCGGCCAAUCCGAACAUCUACGAUUCCCUGUCGGAGAGUUUGGCCCCGAGUAUCUUCGGCUCGCAGGACAUCAAGAAGGCCAUCGUUUGCUUGCUGUUCGGAGGAUCGAGGAAGCGAAUGCCGGAUGGGUUGACCCGUCGUGGGGACAUCAAUAUCCUACUGCUGGGAGAUCCCGGAACGGCCAAGUCUCAGCUGCUGAAAUUUGUGGAGCAGGUGGCUCCAAUUGCGGUUUACACGUCCGGAAAGGGUUCCAGUGCUGCGGGUUUAACUGCUUCCGUCAUUCGGGAUCCGGCGACGAGGAACUUCGUCAUGGAAGGAGGUGCCAUGGUCCUGGCGGAUGGUGGAGUCGUUUGUAUUGACGAGUUCGACAAGAUGAAAGAAGACGAUCGCGUGGCCAUUCACGAAGCCAUGGAACAGCAGACCAUUUCGAUUGCCAAGGCCGGGAUCACGACGACCUUGAACUCGCGCUGCUCGGUUCUGGCCGCGGCUAAUUCCAUCUUCGGCCGUUGGGACGAUACCAAGGGCGAGGAGAACAUCGACUUCAUGCCAACGAUUUUGUCCCGUUUCGAUAUGAUCUUCAUCGUGAAGGACGUCCACGACCAGGCUCGGGACAUCACCCUGGCCAAGCACGUCAUGAAUGUCCAUAUGAACGCCAAUAAGACCACUCUGGAGACCCAGGAAGGCGAAGUUCCCUUGGCCCUGUUCAAGAAGUACAUCAACUACUGCCGGACGCAUUGCGGGCCCCGUUUGAACGAAGAGGCCGCCGAAAAGCUCAAGUCCCGUUAUGUCCUGAUGCGAAGCGGAGCUGGGGAACACGAACGCAUGGCGGACAAGCGCCUUUCCAUCCCCAUCACCGUCCGUCAGCUGGAAGCCGUCAUCCGUAUCUCGGAGUCCCUGGCUAAAAUGCAGCUUCAACCCUUCGCCACAGAAGCUCACGUCACGGAAGCCCUGCGCCUGUUCCAAGUCUCAACACUGGACGCGGCCAUGUCCGGAUCCCUUGCGGGCGCCGAGGGCUUCUUCACCGAGGAGGACACCGAAGUGCUGAACCGAAUCGAGAAGCAGCUGAAGCGACGGUUCGCCAUCGGAUCGCAGGUUUCCGAGCAGAGCAUCAUCCAGGACUUUGCCCGCCAGAAGUACCCGGAGCAGGCCGUUCUGAAGGUGAUUCACACCAUGAUUCGGCGCGGAGAGUUGCAGCACCGGAUGCAGAGAAAGAUGCUGUACCGGUUGUCGUAGAUCCGGGGCAGAAGACUACGUUUGUACCUUUUCAUUUAUCUGUUUUCCUAAUGUCGUUUGUGUAUUCGUAAUUCCUUUUUACAUCUACUAAAUUUUAGACGUUAAAAUUAGAAUAAAAGUUUAAAAGUA